AUGUCCCCGCUGCUAAAGGACUUCUUGAACCGGCAGAUCGUCGUGAUUACUACAGAGGGUGAUUGCUUCACAGCUACCUUAGAAGGGUAUGACAAAACGACAAAUCUGCUUCUGUCGAAUGUGAAAGAGCGAUUGACAGGGUCAAAAGUGGCUGGGUCAUACUUGCUGCAAGGAUCGCAGAUAGUAUGUUGUGGUCCUCUGGAGGGUUCAGAAGAGAUAGGGCAAGAACACUUGCGAGAAAUGGUUCAAUUGAAAAAUACCAAAAACAUGGUAGAAAUGGAGCAUAUUGUCUGGUCCAAGGUGUGGGAAUCUACGACGCACUGA